CAUCUUUGCUAGCUUAACAGAGGAGGCUAACUCAGCCAGCGACCGGUCCAACUGACAGCUUGAGUGAAUUAACGCGAACUGGCAAUCAUCGGCGAGUGCUUCUCAGCCGGGCUGUGUUUCCUCGGUGGUGUUGUGGACUGAGCCCGGCCCACACUCACGGAGAAAGGGGGAGUGUUGUUGGAGAGCCACGUGUACAGGAACUGGAGUGUGACAGCUCUCCUGGCUGGAUCCACCGCAGGUCCGCUUCGAUAGGAAGUCAAGCUAGCCAGCUGGUAGCGUUACUCUCACCGCAGCAGCAGCAGCAGCAGCAGCUAGCCAGCUCUCACUCACCCGAACUUCCCCACACAAGGUAAUCAUGGCUGCUGGGGGAAAACUGUGGUGCGCCAACCUCCUGUCCGUGUCUCUGCUCAUCUGCAUCCUCCUCCAAACCUUGGAUGUGCUUGCACGGCCAGCCAACAUGUCAGCCGUUAAAGAAAAGCAAGCGCCCGUCAAGGACGAGAACGAGAUUCUCCCCCCGGACCACCUGAACGGGGUGAAGAUGGAGAUGGACGGCCACCUCAACAAGGACUUCCAUCAGGAGGUGUUCCUGGGCAAAGAGAUGGAGGAGUUCGACGAGGACUCGGAGCCGAGGAGGAACAGAAAGAAGCUGAUUGACAUUUUCACCAAAGUCGAUUUCAACAAGGACAGGAGCGUGAGCGCCAAAGAGAUGCAGCGCUGGAUCAUGGAGAAGACGGAGGAGCACUUUCAGGAGGCCAUGAUGGAGAACAAAAACAGUUUCCGCGCUGUGGAUCCAGACGGCGACGGCCAUGUGACGUGGGACGAAUACAGAGUCAAAUUUCUGGCCAGCAAAGGGUUCAAUGAGAAAGAGAUUGCUGAGAAAAUAAAGAAUAAUGAGGACCUGAAGCUGGAUGAGGAGACUCAGGAGGUUUUGGAAAGCCUGAAGGACCGCUGGUUUCAGGCCGACAACACCCCGGCCGACCAGCUGCUGAACGAGCAGGAGUUCCUGUCCUUCCUUCACCCCGAGCACAGCAGAGGGAUGCUCAAGUACAUGGUCAAGGAGAUUGUGCGCGACUUAGAUCAGGAUGGUGACAAGAAGCUGACACUGUCAGAGUUCAUCUCUCUACCUGUGGGCACCGUGGAGAACCAGCAGGCUCAGGACAUCGAUGACGACUGGGUCAGAGAGAGGAAGAAGGAGUUCGAGGAAGUCAUAGAUGCAGAUCGUAAUGGCAUCGUCACCAUGGAGGAACUGGAGGAGUACAUGGACCCGAUGAACGAGCACAACGCUUUGAACGAGGCCAGGCAGAUGAUCGCCGUCGCGGAUGAAAACCAGAAUCAUAACUUGGAGCUGGACGAGAUUCUUAAGUACAGCGAAUACUUCACGGGCAGCAAGCUCAUGGAUUACGCCAGAAAUGUUCACGAGGAGUUCUGAAGAACGAAAGCACCCUCGCCCCUCACCUCUGCUCCACGGACAAGCUUAAAGAGGAAGGAGCAACGUCACGAUGAUCUUGUGUGCAAUUGUGUGUUUUAAAAAGCCUCACUGGCCUCUCACUGCUGCCUAAAAACCAAUACAUCCCUCCCUCAGCCCUGGACUGUCUGCCAGCCGUCAAAGUUGACAUGGUCCGCCUUCUGUGUGCCAUUAGACUUUUAAAUGUUGGGCUUUUGUGGCACUGCAGCAACUUCAAAUUGAUGUCGGUAAUAUUGUGAAAUGUGUGUAUAUGAGGAAUUUUUCACCCUCCCCGAGUAGAUUUUUUGUUUCCCGGUGCAGCGGUGAGAGCGUCUGCGCAGCAAGGCGAGCUGUUUGUUCUGCAGGAUCCGUUGUUUUUUUGGUUUUUUUUAAGCCAGUGAGUCUGUAUACAGUGUAAAUAUUCAUUGUCACGUACCGAUGCCUCUGUAGGAGAGAAGAACCUGCGAAAAAAUAAAUAUAAUGCUGCUGAGAUGAACAGAGAUUUCACUAUAGAAAGAGAUUUAUUGGUGACGCACAAAAAAAAAAACCUUAAUUCUCCUAAAUUCUAACGGGGAUUUUUAGAAAAAGGUGAUUAGUGGUGAACAAUUCCACUAGUUUCUAUGAUAGAUAGUUAUCCGUCCUUCUGCUUAUAAAACAGGGUAUUGAUUAAAAACAUAGAGGUAGAACUUUUAAAAACUGCUUCGAUACAGUACAGUAAUCCUACUUUAGCACAAACGUUCACUAAUAAUUUAUUGUCAGAGAAAAGGAAAUUGUAAGCAAAGACUUUAAUAUGUGAGAACAACGUGGCUUCUUCACGGCGGCCAUUUUGAGUUAUUGAAGGAAAACGCACGGAUGUCACUGAUUUCUACGUCGUGGGUUUCACCUGUGCGUGUCAGGACGAACUGUCUCCUGUGUGAAGGACUGUUGUUUUGAUCUCGACUCUAAAAACUAAUUCAUCCUCUUGUUGUGGAAACAGAUGAAUUUUAUUUAUUGGAUCGGCUGCAUCAUUGAACAUCACAGGAAAUGAUUCUUUACUGUCUUGGCGACUGGCUCACUCUUCGUCAUGUUUUCCUGUUAAAACUUUGAAUGACCUUCCUUACUUUACUUCACUUACCUGUACCUUGUUUUUACUUGCAUGGACAAACAGUUGAACUACAUUCAUCCAUUUUUGUUGAGAUUUUCGAUGACCUGUGGCGUAUUUGGAUCCUGCUGCAGGCGUCUCUGUCCUCAGAUGUGUUCCGAUUGUAAGAUAAGAUUUAUGAUAACAGAAUGUGACACAGCUUUAUAAAAUGUAAUGCAAAUAUACUGGUAAACAAUAAAUAUUUCUUAUCAAUUACAAAGUU